AAAAUCUUACAUCAUCACUAACUGAUAAGAUAUUUGUUUGUCAAGAGAAAGAAACCGUUGUUCUGUUCUCAUAGAAACAUUAAUGACUUAAGGCUUUUCUUGAUUAUAAAGUAGGAUAAUGUUUCUUCAAAUUCUUGUUUGUCUGAUAUUUGCACAAGGUGCGCUUUCCCAAACGUCUUCGACAUUCUAUGGAUGUGACUUCAUUGAAUCGUUUGGAUCAUGUGACCGUUUUAUCAGUAACUCUUACUGUGGAACAAAUAUUGUAACUUACAAGAACAAAUGUGAGUUCAGUAAAGCCCAUUGCAAAGAUCCUUCCAUAAAUGUGCUUCAUGAAGGGGACUGCACUAACAUGGACAUUUCUACUGUAGCACCAGUAGCCGGAAAUGUCGUCAUCAUCGACUUUUUCUGUACUACUCUUAGUAAGCAAAACUGCCCGACAGAAUUAAAUAAAGUUUGUGGUACAGACGGAAGGACGUAUGACAACUACUGUGAGUAUGAGAAGGCAAAAUGUACGCACAGAAAUCUAGAAGUUGCUGGAUAUGGCGAUUGCACUGUGUAAAUUUUAUGAGAAUAUCAUGUUUUGUUUUGAGACAAUAAACACGUUUAAAAGU